AUGGCGCUUGCAUGGGAAACUUCGGUUGUUGCGUUGGCGUUGCUUGAGGAGGAAGGAGAGCGGGUGGAGGUGCGAAAUGCGUUCGAAGAGAUGACAGAAGGCGAAUUCCGGCGUCGUUAUCGUUUCUCGAAAGAAACGGUGCGUUGGUUGUGCGGCGAACUCGACCCCAUCAUCGGGUGCCAGCGAGCCAGCGGAAUUUCAACCGAGCGGAAGGUGUUGUGCGCGCUGAGGUUUUUUGCAACGGGAAGCUUCCAGCGGGGAGUCGGCAGUGAAGAAUUCAUCGGCCUGUCGCAGUCGUCAGUCAGCGACACCAUCCACGAAGUGGCAAACGCCAUAACUGUCGUUGGCGGGCAAAAGCGGUGGGUGGACUUCCCCCAGACGACAGCCGCGAAGGCCAGAGCAAAGGCGGCGUUUGCGCGGCUCGGACGGAUCCCCGGUGUGCUCGGCUGCGUCAAUGGCACUCUUAUCGCCAUACAGCAGCCCCAAGGCCUGAGCCCCGGGGAUACACAGAGCUACAUGUCGAGAAAGGGAUUCUACGCCAUGAACACCAUGAUCGUAAGUAUUACUCUUGCAUUGUAUCCUUAG